AUACGGGCAAUCGCAAAGUGUCGAGUCUCGGUACGAAUGCAAAUGCGUGUCUCUGCCCUGGUCGACUGUGAUAAAUUCUUCUUCUGCCCAGACUUGGCUCGCCGAGAUUGAGAUCCACGUCGCCGAGAUCGAGAUCCACGUCGCUCUUCGGUUUCCCAACAGAUUGACGAAAUGUCUACAGUCUUCGGGAAGAUACCGCGACGAUAACUCGGGCGUCAGACUGCCAGGCUUUCAGCGAUCAAAGUUAGGGUGAAAUACUGAAGGUCAGUGUUUUGUAGUGAGAAACGGAGCCUAAAAGAACAGAUUUACGACUUACAGGAGCGAUCAGGCGCUUUACUUUAUUAUGUUUUAUUAAGACAUUUGUCAGAUAUAUAAAGAACCGAACUCUAGCUACCGCAUAGAGUAGGACGACAGUUCCACUCUUCAUGAUUCGAGCAGUUCGUCAUUUUCGCAUUUAUAUGCCGGUGGUAUAUUUUUCUCCGAUCAUGCUGUAUAUGAACUUAUCACAAGAAAAUUGUUGAACGGGGAAAGUACAAUCUUAGGUGAUUUUUAUCAGCUAAUUUUGUAUCGGUCAAAUUGAAGCUUGAACAUCCCCCCCCGGGCAUACCUCGGGCAUUUGACACCUUUGCCGUCCCGGGGAGGAGGGAAUUUGAUUAUCAGAGUCUUCCAUGGGGUGGGGAAUUUGAUCCCCAUGCAUUAGGGAUGGGGAAUUUGAACUGCACCCUCGAUUUCAGGUGAAAUCUCUGGCGUGGUGAGCUAUCAUGAGGGACACGGUGUUAGGGAGCAUUCAUAAUUUAUCUAGAGGGUGGGCUAUGAUGAUUUCCUUCUUUUUUCCUUUCAUUUUUUUGAAGCCCCCCUGAUCAUCUCAGGGUUUUUUUUCUGACCCCCCUCAAGAGAUGUUGAUUUAUCAAAGGAAAAUAUCAUAGCCCCCCCCCUCCCCCAGCACAUAUCAAAGUCUUGUGACAGGUAUAUUGAGCUUUAUUAGUAAUUAACAUAGUAAAUCAGUAACAACUUGCACUAAUGAAAGGUUGAUAUUUCAAGAUGUCAAUUUAUGAAAAUAUAAUGCUCAGUACAAUUAAAUCUCUACGCAUUUUAAAUUCAAAAUAACAAGCAAGUCAUCUUUCAACUCUUGGAGAGCAUCAAACAAUCUUGAGUCUUUUUUAUAUUUAGAAACUAGCAAAUCCAUUUUGUCUGUAAUAUCAUCUCCACUCAACUGUGGUGCACCAGUCUGUGCAGGACUGUGCAGGAAUGGUUGGCCCCCCCUAUGCUCGAUGUAAUUUUCGUUGGAAAUUUUCCACAGCCCCCCCUAAAUCAAAGUAGGGAAAAGGAGUGACCCCCCCCCUCAAAAUCAUCAUAGCCCACCCUCUAGUCUAGGUAAAUUAUGAAUGCUCCCUCAAAGGAUUUUCGUGGAAAAGAUUGUGCCUUUGUGGCCAAUUGGUUACGUUUAAACAAGCUUUGGGCCGUAUUUGAAGGUAUUUAAAUUUUAAUAUUUUUAAUAUUGGAUUCAGGCUUUGAAUAUAUGAAUGUAUUAAGUUGUGUUGACAAUGAAAUACAAUACCUAUUACCGGCGAUUCAAUUCAACAAUAGAAAGCUCAACAGAGGUCAAUUACUUUGACCUGCUGCAUCUCAGUAGGGGAGAUUUUUUUCAUAGAACGUUUUGUAGUAUAUAGUCAGGUCUCUUAGGGUCAGGAUCGUUACAGAGUUGACAAAAGCACCAAACUUUGCACAGCGAUAGCUUAUUGCAGUACCAUGAAUAUUAGAGGGGGUGCCCAAUGCAAAUAUGCCACUGAAGCGUGCUAAACAGGAUUUAAUUAUUGUAAAUUUCACCUGCUGGGGUGCCUGUGGUGUUUUGAUUGAAAAUUGUUAUUUAAUACCUUAAAUCACUCUGAAUUCCAUUCUCAGGUUGUAAACAACAAUUUCACUUGAACAUCUGGCAUUCCCAUCCAUUUUUGCUUAUUGAUUGUGUAAUUAAGUUGAUUAUUACUGUGCCCUUAAAGCAAGUCCACAGUCCGCCCACAUUUUCAUAAGUAAUUUCUAAGAUGGCCUCGUCUUUGCUUCAUAACUUGCAAGUACUCAGCUUCUGGGGUCUCUUCUUCUUUUUUAAUGUAUUUCAGUUAGAGGAGGCCUUAUUGUGUGGCUUAAGCCUUAUUUAUCAAGUAUUACUUGUCGUUACAUGUCACUUUAAGCUGAAGAAAGCAAACAAAAUUUCAGAAAAAAGAAAUUGUCAAAGAGUCUGUUGUAUCACAUAUUAUCAGGGAUUUAUGACAGCUAUUCAUGAAGAGCAAAUAACGAAAUGACAGAACCCAAAAUAGUUCUUGCCAAGGGAGGUAAUUAAUUUUUCAGUUUAACAUAGGCCUGGAUGCCUUUCAGUCUCUCUUUAUCCAGUUAUCUGCUGGACGCAAGUGCAUGUUUUGACAGAGAAGCAAGCACCGUGGCACAAGUCAUAUCAUUUACAAUUUCCGCAGUUUGUCUAAGCUUUACAAAGCAAAAACAAACAAAACAAGAAUCUGGUCUCAUAAACGAAAAAAAGAAACAAGUUAGCCCAAGCUUCCAAAAACAGCACAGUUUAUCAUGAAGCCUCUACAUUUGGCACUGAAGCACUCAUGUCCAAAAAUAAUAACAGCUUAUCAAGUCGUAAAAGUGAGACUCAAGUGGCACAAGAUUGACUCAAAUGAUAAAUGGUGAAUAGUUUAACUGCUGAAACUGUAGAAAGGGGGCCGGGCUAACUUUUAGGGCCUGCUUACAUGAAGGAAGGGGACUCCAGGUAGGAAUGGUAACCCACUUAGGUGGGGUAACCCGCCUGUCCAUAUAAUCUCUCAUUUUAAUUUGAUCACGUUUACAUGAUAGGUGGGGUCACCCUUCAAGGUGGGUAUCCCGGUCUGCCACACCAGGUAACCCUCUCAGCUGAGGUCAAAUUUUGCCAUGUCAACGUUUCAAGGUGAGGAAACCCAGGCUAGUCGGGGUCGGAUUCGAGAUACAUCAAAUUCGCGCAAAAUUCACUUUGGCGCUGGGUGGCUUCACAUAAUUAUUAAAGGUAACAAUAGAAAGCCACAACACUGAAGGUUGCAGCAAGAGCAGCAAUUGAGCGUAGACGUGGUUUGCCAGCAUUUUUCUUGUUUACAUGGUUAGCGACCAUUCAUAUAAUCUUGAGAAACUGCACCCCAGGAUGGCGGGGUUGUAAGAUUGCAAAGCAGGUUACCUCACCUACCUGGGGUCCCCCACCUUUAUGUUAACAGGCCCUAAGUCUCAGGAACCGCGAAACUGGUAAUAAACGGUAUACCUAACCCGGAACUAGCUGUGAUACUACCGGCCAUCUUCUAGAACGUCAGCAUAGCAGCCAAAGAAGCUAUAUAUCGGUGUAAAACGAAUAUUAGAUUGCGGUUGUUUCAUGCGUCUUGUUUUGUGACUAUUUCUGUGUUCGUUUUUGUCACCAUCUCUAAAUAUCAAUCAUGUUCAAAACACCCCUACUAACAAAAUAUUUCGUAAAGCUCUUUAGAAUGAUAUUCAGCAAUAAAAACAAGGUGUGACCAGGAGCCGAUUUCUGGGCUCCUGGUGUGGCAACAUAGGCAUAAGUGAAUGCAAAGUUUUGCAGUAUGUAAUCUGUCAAAUAUCUGUUUGAGUGGUCAAAGUUGGGGCUGAUGGGCUUCUUUAUCAUGACCACUCCAUUAUUAUAAGGGACCAGGCCAUAAUUAUUGUUGACCCUUGCUUUUUUGGUAUUUUAGGUAAUUUUCCACAGCAUUAUUUUGUGAAAAGCUGGUAACUGAAUUGCUCUUGAGGAAUUCAUGAUCGUAAGAUUUCGUAACCACGGGGUAUUCGCCUAAUUGCAUCAAACAAAUUACAUUCAUUUUCAUAAAUGAUGCAUCAUUUGUUGGCUAAAAGAGGCCUUAUUGUUCCUGUAAAUUUCAGCUCUUCUGAAGUUAGUUUGUUUGUAAAUUGUAACGCACGCGACGACCUUCCUUUUUUUUGAAAGAUUGUAUAGACGUACCAUUAACACUCUAGUCCAAGGGCUCUGAAGUGAAUGAGCCGCUUACAGGUGUAUAGGCAUGCAGGGACCUCAUACACUUCUUUUUAAAGGCAAUUAGCAAAAAAUAAAGAGUGUUAAAAAUUCCUGGAGAGGCAUGUUUUACAACCUCGUCCCCAGGGCUUAAUAAAAAGGUAGAAAAAGGUAAAGCGACCAUAUUUUACGUCAAUAACUCGUGACAGUAAUAAUAAUUGAUAAACUUGAGGUCGACGGUGCGCUCCUUUUACCCCCCUUUCUCCAUUAAUUCUCCGUUUUAAAGGUAUUUAAAGCUAGUCAAAGCUAUACAGAAAAAAGAGAAGUUGAAAUAAGGAGGUGUUGACAUCGGGCUCGAACUCGGGACCUCUCGCCCCGAAGGCUGCGCACUAACCAACUGUGCCACCCUUGCUCCUCCUUUUCCCCCUGAGGACGAGGUUGACAUGUUUUAAUCAUUAUCUCAAGGACAGGGUUACCAACGAAGCAAAUUAUAAUCUAAUCUUAGCUGCACAAUUACAAAGUGGGCGCGUUAUCAGUUACGGUUCGUGAGGUCGUUCAUGUGGCAUGUCAAACUUGACGAUUCUAUCGUUUAGGAUGUGAUACAUUUGAGUUUUAUGUUAUUGUAUGACAUCUUUGAAAGCUGGCUUUGUGAUCUGUUUAAAUUGAUAUGUAAUGAUAUUAUCACUGGCAAGUCUUAGCAGUGACACUGAUAGCCGCACAGUCCGCACAAUGAACAUGACCACACUUACCGUGUGGAGACUGGGCACUAGUCAGUAUUAUGUACAUGUAAAACUAUUUUGAAUAGUGUAACAACAACUAAACAUUACCAAAUUAAAAACUUAAAAAUUUGCAACAAAUGUUUUUUAGCCAAAUCAAACAAGAAGAGUACUCACCACAGGACACCCAAUAUGCUAUUACAGGUAAAAGUUAACCCCCCCUUUUAUCUGUAAUUAGGACCAUUUGUAACGGGCACCCCCUCCAGUAUUAAUCGGUAGGUGCUUAGGAAGCUCUGUGCCAAACUUGACACUUUUGUCACGUCUGUAACGAUCCGGCCUAUAUUUUGCACUAAGAGACCUGACUAUAUAUUGCAUGACACACGAAGACAAUCUGAGCAUUCAGUGACCUGGUAGCAGCGAUUUCCGCCGCUUUGCACGAAAAAUUGUAUUCGUAGUAAAUACACUAACAGUGUUUCUCAGUUUUUGUCAUAUUGAAUGCAAAUUAUUUGCUGUAUUUGUAAACAUUUUGUUCGACAACUGAAGGCGUUUCUGCCGUCCUUCUGUCAUUUAUGCACCUGUGAAAUGUCCCCAGGGUGGGGGCAUUUGAUCACCUGAACCGACCCAAGUGUGGGGCAUUUGAACGGCAUUUUGGCCCGGGUAGGGGGGAAUUUGAACAAUAAUUUUCAAAAAAGUCAAAUGCCCCGGGGGUUGCCCGGGGGGAUGUUGACGCUUAUAUUUGACCGAUACAUUAUCUGUAUAUGGAAGAACAGCGGCAUGGCUGAGUAAAAUUCACGACGCGAGCGGGUGAGUCUGUAAAAUGAAGCGGACGGCGGACGGCGGACGGCGGAUGGCGGAUGGUGGAAAAUAAUAAAUAAAUAAAUAAAAAUAAAUAAAUGCCAAGACUAGAAAUACGUAAAUCGCAGGACCUCGCGAAGGACUUCGGGCGAACAGCAAGUAAAGCCGAGAAGAAAAUUUGUAAAUCUAAAAAUUGUAAACUAUAUAUAGAAACAUAACAAAACUGUUAUACCUAAAAUGAAAACUAAACGAAAAGAAAAAGAAAAAAGAAGAAGAAAAGAAGAGAAAAGGAUAUGUUUGGAGUCGAAUUCGGGACCUGCGAUACACCGGGAGAAAGCUUUACUAGGCCACGUGGAACACACAGGUAGUUUGGCUGAAAUUUUAUUAUUAAAACCUUCGGCCUUAUUAAACGUGAAUUCAAAGAUAUUUUUCAGAAGAAUAUGACUGCAGUUUCGACAGUGAAAACCCAACGUAGAUGCAUUUACGGUAUAAAUUCGUCUGCGAGCAAAACGUGUUUUGUUACCGCGAUGUUCGCUCUUAUGUUAAGGGUAAUUAUCCAUAAUCACUUCCAUUUGCUCUUAAAGUACUUUAGCAUUCGAAAUUCAUUGAGUAAUCUUCCCUCUGCUCCGCUGUUAGCUGAUGCCGUCUCCAUCUUUGUUGCUUCAAUGCGCCGUUGAAUUUCAAGUCGGCGUUCUCGCUCCAGAGGAUUUUUCGGUGUCAAAUCUUCCCUUGCGAGGAUUGACAAUUCGGCGUUCUUGUGUUUGCUGUUCUGUUUGCAUGAAAAAUGGCUUGAGAUUCACCGAUAGUAAACAUUGUUGUGCAGACUAUGAAGAGACAGCUUUUCAUGAAUACUUUGGUCAUUGAUGGGAAUUCGAAAUCGCUUUCAGUCGAAUACUGAAUAAAGGAUUAAAUGAACUGCAAAAACCGUGGACGAAGAUCCUGCUAGUUGUAUACGUUGGAUCUCUAGGAAAGAUCUCCCGUUUCUGUUAUUUAAUUUUGCGAAAUUCAUUUGCUAUAUUAAAUUUCUGUGCUGCUGGCGAUAUCGAAGAGAAUGGUCAAGGGAAGCCACGCUAAUGUAUUAUUUAGCCGAGAGAAGAGUUAAUUUGUGCAGUAUCUUUAUUUUUUAAUACAUUGCUUUUUGCCACAGCCCACUGCUUUAGAUCUCUUCCGGGUCAACUGACUCCGAUUACGAACAAAAAUUUAAAAGGUGGAAUAGCGGGCUCGGCCUCUCGCUUAGAUUCAAGCCUUUUUGAAGAGGGGUGAGAGGAGAGAGAUUUUUAAAAAAAAAAACGCCCGGAGGGUAAUAGGUAUGUGCGGCUCCAAAGGGUAUGGUUUUUGCGCCGUUUUGGUCUGAAAACUGGUAUAGACUUUGGUCUGGAAUCGGGUAUGGUUUUCGCGGAAACUAAUUCCAAACGAAUAAGAAAGAAAGAGAAGUACGCGAAUUCGAAAUGGAUUUUAAGAAAUCUUUUUUGUUGGCGUUCCAAUCCAAGUAAUGGUGGCAUAAUUUAUAAGAGACCAGGUCUGAAAACGGGAGUGAAAAAUAUAACAUUUUUUGGCCUGAAAUAGGGUCAGGAUUUAAAGAACCCGGCGGUACACCCCCACCAAGAAUUCCAAGGAGUACCCCCGGGAAAAAAGGACAAAAUAUCGAUAGUUAGCUUAACUUUAAGGGAUUGUUCAAGUCUCAGCUUUCAAGGGAUGUACAUUUAUUUAGUUCCUUGUUUUCUUCAUUUUUAUUUAAUUUCAAAGACCCAAGAGCUACUUGGAUCAAGCCUCGAUGCGAGCGAAAGAGUUCUCUGCGCCUCUCGCGACUGCUCGUGUGCAUUACGCUUCGAGUUUGUUUCUUCAAACUAACUAGUCAGUCUGCGGGACUAAUACAUCACGCACAACAUGUACAGUUAUAGAAUUAUAGAAUGAUUUACUUCAAUAAUUUACAUGAUUAACUCUAGCUGUGAAAAAAACCCGGUCUCUUAUGGCCAUCCUGCUGAACACCUUGUGCGGGCCUUCAAGUUGUUACUCAUCUUUCUCCUCACCGCUGAAAAUUAACGGGAAAGAGUGUUAAAGACCGAUACCUUUUUCCGUACAAAUAUGGAAAUAUUCGAAUGUUUUUUACAUUUCCUUUUUAACUCUUAACCAAAAAAAAGAAAAACCGGUUCGUGGUCUUGUUCAGUCGGAGUAGCAAACGUACGUGCCAUCACUGAUCAAAUUUUCUCAGGAUUGGAAUAGAUGCUUAGGAUUCCUCUUAGUUUUAGAGAGCACGUGCGGUAUGUUGCAUGCGUGCGCGUAAGGAAGCUCAGGCUCGACAGUGAGAAAUUGUUUGGAAAUAAAAAGAAAAAAUACGUCUUCAUUUUUGUCUUUUGAAAAACUUCGAAACAAAAAUGACUAACCUUGUGUCUGAUUUGUUUAUUUUACUCUCUGUUCAUCCAAUGUGGGGAAAGGAUGUGGUAGGGUAGGACUCCCAUACCAAUAUGAAGGGGAUGCUCGUCGGAAAAUUAGAAUUAAACCCUGUUAAGGAGAAAAACCUUGACAUAGCUCAGGCCAUGGUCACUGAAUAAAUCCUGAGCCUGCAGGCUCAGGAUUUAUUCACGUUUUUUUUCACACAACCCUAAGCGAUACCUUUGUAGGUAAGAAUAAUUGGCUUUCCGUCCUGAACACCCUAAACAUGGGCAGAUUUAGGAGUUGGCCGAGUGCAACGUAGCCACCCCUUGAGAGCUGAAACCUAAACAAUCCCUUAAAGUUAGGCUCACUAUGCUUACUUUGUCUUUUUUCAAGUCUCUCCUCUCACCACUCUUCAAAAAGACUUGCAGGAUCUAGAUGAGAGGGCGAGCCCGCUUUUCCACCUUUUAAAGUUAGUUUUGUUUGAUGUGUGUUUGUUAUUGGAGUCAGUUGACCCGGAAGAUAUCUAAAGCAGUGGAGAUAGCAGCAAACAUAAAAAAAUUAACUUACCUCACGGCCAGAUAGUAUAUCAGCGUAACAUCUCUAGUGUCUGUUCUCUUCGACAUGGGCAAAUUGAAGCGACAGACUACAGUCUUUUCUUCCCAACCAAAAGUUGGAAGUGACAUUCGAGCGAACCACAUAACUGCCCACUCCAGAGAUGUCACAACUGACAUGUAUGUUUUUAAUAUUUUAAUUUCUUAUUUUUUUCAUUUAUUUGUCUUGUUUUUAUCUAUCUUAUACAUUUAUCUUAUACAUGUAUUUAUUUUUAUUUUUUUAAUUAUUUUCCCCCAUCCGCCGUCCGCCGUCCGCAUCCGCCGUCCGCUUCCUCAUCUUACAGACUCCCCGCGAGCGGGUACUGAAGAUCAAGAAUAAGGCCUGUUUCAAACGUCGUGCUACUGCCGUGCUAGGCUGGCUCGACUGUAGCUCCACUAUAGCACGACACUAGCACGACUUGGUUUCAGACGUCGAAUUUAAUUCAGUCGUAAAGAACGGGUGUUACCAAAAACAAAACACAAAAAUAAAGAGACGGUUUAGAGAACUUUUAAAUGUAUUGUAAUGUAUUUAUAAUUUAUGAAUUGAGUUCGGCACGACAGUACCACAGUAGCGCGACGUUUGAAACCAAGUCGAGCUACUGCCGUGUAGCACGGCAAAGCUUGCCGUGCUACACGGCAGUUAGCCAGCGAUCAUGCCCUCUCCCUUUAUCUCUGUAAUCUGUUUUCGGGACAUGCAAAAAAGGUAGAAUCUGGACUUUUUUCUGAUUGGAUAAAAAACAAUUCGGAUGAUUUGCGCUGUUCCAAUAGGCCAAAACGCCGCCAUCCGUUGUUGUUGAUUUCAGUCUGCAUUUUUGCUUGCGUAAUAAGCAGUGAAUACACACGCGAGUUCGUUAUGAAAUUUCUGCCGGCUCAGUUUUCUUGAAUUUGAAGAACGUCCAAAUAGAAAUUUCAUCCAUUGAAAUAUUUUCCAUUUCAUCGUAUACUAAACAUUGCAGUCAAAAAUUCACUGAUCAUUUGAAUGCAGUUUGAUACCGGCUACAAGUUGCAGAAGCGACAAAUGGGUUCACUAUUCAAAUAAUCAAUUCAUGAAUGGAAUCUUGACCUGGUUUGACUGUAAUUCCUCUUUCAGAAACCUGAGAAUUAUUUUGAGCGAUCUUCGCUUUCACAACACUUUUCAGUUCGUGAAAUAUGGUGCUUCAGCCUAUUUUUUUUUCACUGCUUUCGGCACAGGACAAAGUCAACGAGCUUUUACCCUUUUACCAGUAAAUUCUUUAUUAUUUGUAGCUGUUAAAUAAAGGUACGUCAGCUCCAGCUAGCAGUAUUUCAUCACAAAAAAAAAAACAUUUAAACUUAUUUUUUAGGAAGCGUUAUCUGAACGUACUUAAAAAUUUUCUCUUCCCUAAAAUUGAUUUCGAAAGAGACAUUAUCCCCGCCAAAAUUUGAUUCCCGUGUGGUAAACGCUCAUUGGCUAAUAACAUGACAGGUCAAGCAGACAUUAGAUUAUGUAAAUUAGGGGGCGGUUGGUGGGUUGUUAAAUGAAUGUAUCAGGCGUUAUUUUUUUCCCUCCCGAGCCAAAGAAACAAAGAAGCAAAAAAAAAAACCAAAAAACAAAAAACGCCUGAUCUCAGGUUACACGGCAGUAGCACGACGUUUAAAACGGGCCUAACCGAUUCCUGUUUUCUGAUUGGCUACCCAAGGGGGCAAGACGGGACUUUCUCUUCCAGCCCCGGUCUCUGCUUGCCCAUGGGUCACCCAUACUGUGAUACAGUAAUCCUGGGCUGCCAAAGGCGGGCUCAGUUUAUACUAGAAACACGUUUAUUGCAACACCUCGCGUAACUGUUAUGAGGGGAUGCAUGCAAUAUGAAUAAAUUAGAACCAGCCAAUUGGUAAAAUAUGGUUAAAAAAAAAAACAACAACAAAAAACAACAUAAAACAAAACAGAGAAAACAAAAAGAAAACGACCAAACAGAAAAGAAAAAGAAUUUCCUCCUGCGGAAGUCGAACCCAGGAGCAUUGGCGCGUAAGGCUAUCGCUACUGCGCCACGACACCAAAUGUUAAACUAAUUAAAUAAAUUAAAUAUGUUUAACGUUUUUGCCCAUGAAAUUCUUCCGGUAGACGCUGUUGGUAGCUGGUAGGGCAAGAACUUAAAGAUAUAUUCGAUGAAAUUAAAUGACCAGGAUUUUGACGGUAAAAGCCGUACUUUAAGUCAUUUAGUCGCAAUUGAAGAGCAGAAGGCCAAGAAAGCGAUAUUAAUUGUCUCGCAAAACCGUUGCGAAGUCACUCUUGCUGACAGCGUUGUACAGCUUGCAAUUCUCUGCAUUUACAUGAGGAGAAUGGGUUACGAUUCAGCAACAGUAAACAUUCAGUUUUCUUCCCAGAUUGGGAGAGUUGUGACACAAUACAAGCGAUAUUUAUAGGCUCACAUCGAAAUAUUAAAUCCAGCUUUGAGCUAAUCAAAGCUCGCCAGGGAGCUUGCUCUCAGGCUAUAGAGCGUUUUCACUCACGUGGCCAGCAUCUAUGCAAACGUAUGGGAACAAAGGAAUUUUUUUACAUGAGGAAAGAGUCCAACUCCCUCAGAAUAUGUUUGGAACACCAAUAUGGCCACCGUUUCAUUGUUUUGGAACACCAACAUGGCCGCCGUGACGUCAUGUGAAAACGCUCUAUCGAUAGCGAAAAUGAAAUGACUUAGAUCCCGGUGGGGCUGCUCCAAUAUAUGGGCUAGAUAGGUAUGUUCCGCCCGAUAGGGUAUGGUUUUUGAGGGUCUCAAUCCCUAAUCUAGUGUAUCAUUUUUACCCCAGCUUGUUGGUAUUAUGUUCCCAGUUUGAUCCUUAGUAACGUUAUCUAAAUCGUUUCAGCUAAAAUCCAAGUGCGUGCAUUCCCAGAUAGGUGGGAAAUAGUAUUAGUUCACGCCAUAAGUUUUAGUCUUUUUAUAGGACCCUGGGUGGCACAGACCUUUCGAGAAUUCUAGGGAUUACUCAUACCCUGAGCUUAGAAUAUAUGAAAUAAAUCGUAAAUAAUUUGAAGGUCUUUGAACUUUUUAUGAAGUGAUGAAAGUGAAUAUGCAGUUAAAUGAACAUCUCUAUUUUCUCUGAUUCGUUGUGAUAUUAGGAGUAAAAAAGAAAUAUCGUACCUGUUAAUAAAUAUGUCUGGGGAAUAUCUGCCAACAUUCGAUGAAGUACAAGAGAGGGUCUUUGGCCAGAGACCUAAAGACACUACAGAAGAAAGGACAAGGCUAGCUGUGUGCAAAAUAUUACGUGGCCAGGACAAAAGGAAUGUUGGGUGUGGAGUCUUGGUUUGUGACCCAGGAAUCAAUGAUCAUAUUAGCAAGUACUGUAUCAUCACAAGCAAGGAAGUAAUUAAAAUAGAGAAUUUUUGUGAUGGUUCAAUUAACCAAGUAAAGUUCAGUAAAGAAACCAAAGAAAUUUGUUUUGAUCUGAAAGGUCUCUCGAAAUCUGUGCAAGCUGUUCCUUCUGCUGGGCUCAUUUUGAUUUUUAUUGACGCCAAUCACCGGGAUUUUAAACAGAGAUGCUUGCCCAUGACAAACUUUGAUCAAGGUCAGCAACCUUUUUGUUACCUUGCAAACCAAUGCUAUAACAUUGUAAAAUCAAGUGGUGAGAAUGGAGAGUAUGUUUUGGAAGCUGCUAGCAUCAAGUCAGUUACUUCAGUAAAAUCUACCAUCGCACCAGACGAAAUACCAAAUGGCACAGUCAUAUUACAAGGUGCUAAUAAGGAUGUAAGAGCAGUGGGAGUUUUCAACGUGGUGGACAGGAAUAAUUUGGUAGUUUCUCCUAUCUGGUUGAAAUCAAGUAUAAGUGGCAUUUCAGGUGAGCUUUAUUGAAAAUACCUUUAUUUAGCAUACUUAGUCGCUGUCUAUACGUCGCGCAAUCGUCGAAUUUAAUUCGGACGAAUUCAAUUCAAAGCCUCCCAUGCAAUAAAAUUCGACGAUUCUGCGACGUAUAAAAUAAAUUAACUUCGUUUGAGGAAUUAAAUUCGUCUAAGACGGAUAAAAUGUCUGUAGAGCAUAUUAUUUCAGACGUCGCGCUAACGACGCAGUGAACUGAAUACAUACAUUAUGUUAAGGUCAAAUAAAUUAUUAUAACGUACAAAAUUGGAGCCGGCAGCCAUUCGUGGCGCCGGUUUCCAGUUCAAUCCGAGUGAGAACAAGUUCGCGCCAUUUUUGUUCUUUUCCCGUGUCUAGUGGAAUAAAAUGGCUCUCUCAGUCUGGAGGAAAACUAUGUCUUCCUGCUGCAUAAUGUUUAAAAGACAAACAAAAUAUGUGUGUAUAAGCUCUGGAGAGAGUGUAUGUGACCGAUUCGGGUGCUCGGUUGCUACGGCUUUCCACAAGUUGCUCGGCAACUUUUUGGCAACUUCUCGUAUAGAUAGAUAGAUAGAUAGAUAACUUUAUUUAAACACGGUUAAAAUUCCUUCAGCAUGUACAAAAAAUCUAAGAUCUAUAAUACCUAACUAAACUAACUCUGAUUAAAAAUAUAUUCAUAAAAUUUUAACUACCUAGCUAUUUACAAAUAAAAGCUGCUUUUCAAGGAUGCCGUGUAAAAACUGUAUUAAUGUAUGAUCUCUUUCAAAACUGUUGCGACACAGUUUGCGUUUAAAAUCAUGUAAAGAAUCUGCAGAUCUUAAAUCAUGGGAUAGGCUGUUCCACAGCUUAGCUCCGCUAUAGGAGAAACUUUUCUUUAAAUAAUUGGUACGGGGCAGUGGAAGGACUAACUUAUUUUCAGUAUUCCUCAAUCGAUAAGAAGUUAUUUCGUCACGAGAUACAAAUGUAGAUGUAAGAUAGUCGGGAGUCAUCCCAUGUACGGUUUUAUACAUCAUAAUAGCCGUCGAUACUUGUCUUUGGUGUUUAAGCUUACGGCAACCCAGUGCCAGGAACAAAUCGUCCACAUUACAAUCAGAAUUAGCGGACAUUAGAAUACGGGCUGCACGAUUUUGGAGCCUCUGCAGCUUAUCGGAAAGACCAAUGCCGCAGUUGCUCCAUACGACAUUACAGUAAUCAAAAUGCGGUUGAAUUAAACUGUCGUAAACAUUAAUUAAUACAUUAAAAGGAAUAAGAUGUCGUAUUCUUUUAAUUGCACCCAAAGCAGAAGCAAUCUUUUUACAAAUACUCUGUAUGUGGCAUUCCCAGCUUAAGUUUUGGUCAAUAUGUAUUUUGAGCAACCUUUUAUGUUUCGAGCAACUUUUAGCAUUCUGAGCAAUUUCUCUAGUUAUCUUCUAAUUCUGGGAUAUGGGAGCAGCUUUGAGAGCGUAAAUUGGCCUUUCUUCCCUAUUUCACAUUGUUUUACAAUUAGUAGACAUUUGAUGAAUUUCUUGUAAAAAAGGAGCAAAAUCCUCCCCCCUGGGGCAGAUCAUGGGCGCCUGAUAAAAGUAGCCGGGCUGUAGGUCGGCAGUUUUUAGAAAAAAUUCGAAAUGGUGGACGAAGAGUCACACUCGACUGACUUGAGUGUCUCGAAUGAAGACGGUCAUUCAACAGUUGUAUUGGCUCAUUACACUUUUUGGUUUUAAUUGAGGACAAAGUUAUUUAGCAACGAUGGUUACGCUGCAAAAUUACACAAAAAUGCUUAGAAAUCUUACUUUUAUUGUACAAUUUGCAUAUUUUAGAAAGGCUAAAAACUUUGUAAAACAAGCUAAUCAUAAUCAUAAAGGAAACCAAGCAAUUGUUCCCUUAUUUUUCUAAUCCCACGACAACAUUAUUGCAAAUGACCAACUUCAACUUCAACUUCCUUCCUGAAGGCGGCAACAAUGAGCAGAAGCUGCAAAAUUAAAUGUUGGCGAGAGCGUACCGAUUCUUUUUCAGACUCUUUCACCAACCCAUAUCUGUGUUUCUUCUAGAUUUGAAAGUUCUAGAGGAAAAAUUUCACCUUGAGAAUCUAAACUUGCCAUGUUUCAUCAGUAGGAUUAGGUAAAAAACAUAUUAAAAAGAGUUUAACGUCAAACGCUUACAUCACACAACAGAACACAAAAAAACCGAAUCGAAAUCCACCAAUCACAAAUCACAAACCAUGACCUUUAAUUUUGAACUCGUUGAAGUUAAAUUCUGUUUCCUAAGAGGAUUGACAGCAGCGAAAAUGUAAUCAUGAAGGCGCAAAAAGCGCUGAGCCUUCAGAUUUUGAUUGACGUAUCAGAAAAAGCCAAUUUUGACAUCGCAAUACACCAGGGACGAUCAUGCAGACACUUUCUAUUUCCAGCGUUAAGGUGGAUUUCCAGUGUCCCAUACACACGUAAAGUUUAUGCGCGUAAAUGAUGUAGAGGCAAUGUAUGGAAGGUCGCACGUAAACUUAAAAGUUGAACCUCGCUCAACUUUUACGUAACACGCCUCUAUUUUAUUUAUGCACGUAAAAGUUACGCGACAGUGGAAAUCCUCCAUUACGGUUCACUGAGCAAUUUAACCCGAUUUAAACUCAUCGCUAAUAAUGACCUUGGGAGCAGAUGCCUUAAAGGUUAGUGGGGGGCCAAAUACAAUAAGCAGAGAGGAGGUAUUCAUGGCAACCCUGGAAGCGGGAACCACCCCAAGAGUGCCCACUAACCGACACUAUCACAGUGAAUGAAAUUCAGUGGAGAUACUUACCAAAGAGAAUACUUACGAACGGGGGAGGAGAGGGAGUAAGAAUCCGCAAUGAUUCGCCAGAAGGCAAGAAAUUGAUCCGCUACGAUCAGCAAGCAAAGCUACAGUGCAACGCAACACUAGCAAAAGAGCUCACAAGCAGCCCUGCAAUUUGCCAAGGGCCGCCCCGUAGGUCACCUACUGGGGUGGGAGAAGACCGCCGGCCAACUCGCUCGAGUUUAACUUUGCCUAAAUGAUAUUUAGCCACAUUUUUUACAUACAACGCAACAUGCACUAGCAGGAUCAUUAUCCCAAUGUUGCCGCGUACCUAUGAUGCCUCUCACUCCAACAAAACGCCUGGAACAGGCUAGUGUCCGUCCGAGGUACUCCAAUAUGAAACAGUGGUUUCUUUCUUUUAGAACAGAAUCACUUCCUUAUCAGGUCGCAAAGCAAGGAUUGUUUGGAUAGCAAAAACCCAAAACAUACCAUAUUUCUAUGUCACAUUUAGCCUCCCACGCAGACGUUCUUUUGGCUCGUCGCGCAAGGAAGGAACGCCAUGGUGACUAAGCCGUAGGAGGCUGUCACGUGUCGCAAAAGCUCUGAAGUUCUUGCUCUAUGAUUACAAAAACAACAUGAAAAUUUGUCAUAAGAUAAGGAAAAAAGGCCCCGCUCGCAAGUGAGUUGAAGCGAUGAUCGUUUUUGCUUUGUUUUGUUUUUAACGAAAAGAAGAAGAAGAAGAAGGAGAAGAAAGCCAAAGAAUGAUCUUAUUAAGUUUUUUUCUUCUCGUGAUUUUAGCAUUUCAUUCUUAGAAGCUUGAGUCAUUUUGAAGCUGCCCCUUAUAUUUGAAACUGUUUCGUACGAGUUUUAAAAGCGCUACCGUGUACGACUGGUUGGUGAAUCUAACGGACCAAAUAAACCCUUUCAUGGUUUUUUUCAAGUUUUGAUUGGAACCAUAAGAUGAAAAUUCGUCGACACCCUUGAAAAAGAGCGCCUUAACUUAAGUACACAUUAAUUUUCAAGGAGUUAUAAUAACUCCUCUAGUGAGGUUAAUUUAACUCCUUACUGUGGAGUUAUUUUUUGGAGGAGUUAAUUUAACUCCAAAAAGGAGUUAAAGAACUCUUUUUCAGGAGAAAAAAAUCACCACAGAUAUUGAGGAGUUAAUAAAAAUAGCCCCCCCUAAAAGGGGUUAUCCUGUACCUACUCCAAUUUUUGGAAUAAUAACACUCGAAAAACUGCUGUGUAAACUUGCCAAGUUUGAAGUGAUACGUCCUGAAAUUGAGCGAUGAGGUAGCUCCCCAAAUUCGCAAAAUUUUACAGACGUUUUUAUGGUGGAGGCAAGUAGAUGCCUCCCAUCAUAUAAACUUUUGAAACAUUUUGCGAGUUUGCAGAGCUAUACCUUCUUUUUUUUUCAAAAUAAUGCGCCACGGACUUUAGGCUCGCUUUUCACUAUCUGGUACGUGCAUGUCAAAAGUUGCAAAAACCGUGAAAAGGUGCAUAAAGCUUCAUUUACACGAGCGAUUUUCUUUGACCAGGAAGACUCACUCCCACUCCAUAAAUGGGAAACAUUGACAAGUGUGCGUCAUCGCUAAGAAUAUUUCGCGAUUAUUCUGCUUUUAGCAAGUGAAGGCAUUGAAGAACUUUGCGGAGAAACAGUUUACAAAUAAGAUAAAGAAGAAAAGAAGAAGCAGAGACCAAAAGUAGCCUUUGUGACUUGGAAUAUGCCUAAACUGGCACAAUUCUUUGAACAGUCAAGCGGUGCGAAGCAAGUUAAUACUUUGUGGAAUUUUCUUCUCUGUUCAUUGUAUAAAACGAAUAGAUUCCUUGUUGCACUGGGUCUGUUUUAGUAAUUGAUAACAGAAGACGUCAAAGUGUGGUAAAACAUCAGUGACAAACCCCGCCUUUGGCCCGUGUGCCACUUUUUUUUUAUCAAACUUUGACGUCAUCUCUGAUCUAUUUCUGAACAGAAGCACGGCAACAUGUAAUCUGUUUGUUAACUCUAAUAGAUCGUAGGUAACGACCAAUCACAGCGUGCGUAACGUUCACCACAUUGUAUAAAAUAGUCCGAAAAAGAAAAACUCUCUAAAGUAAAAAUAUUUUGCUUCUCUUCACCAGACUUCAAACCGUGUUUAGAAAAAUUCAAGGGCGCAGCAGACAAAGGGUUUGAAGAGUUACGACAGAUCUGCGACUCCAUUCAGCUUUCUUCUUUGAAACUUGAUGAAGAAGUAGAUUAUUGCGGGAGUGAAUUCCAGUUUGAUGCGAUCUCUGAGGGACUUCUUCCAGCAGACACCAAGGAAACAGGAUAUUGUGCCCUCAAAACCAUAGCUGAUGGAAAUUGCUUGUUCCGGUCCGCUUCAAUAUUUGCCUUCGGGAAUCAACACCGACACGAAGAAAUGCGAGUAAGGACAGUGCUUGAGCUUGCUCUCAAUAGCGAGUUCUACCAGAAAGGCAACGACGUUGACAAAAUUUCGUUGGCUCAAAUGAGAGAAAUUUAUCCAAAGGGUGGCGAAGGGCCCUCGAAACUGAGUGAUGAAGAUGUGAGAAGGGAAUUUGAAAGUGAAGUGCGAAAUAGUACUGCAUGUAACUCAUGGUGUGGUUAUUGGCAUCUUCAGGCUCUAGGAACCGUCCUUGGUCGUCAAAUACGAAGUGUGUAUCCAGAUAGUGGUUCAAAUGAAAUAAAAAAGUAUUUUAAUGCAAUUAUUUGUCCUCGCCGGUAUGAUCCUUCAAAGAAACCUCUUACUUUCAUGUGGACACACACAACUGGAGGUGAUGCAUCAAAGUUUCGACCAAAUCACUUUGUUCCACUUAUUAAGGAUUCCAAGAAACUGGCAGGUACGUCGUUUAUCCAGGCUACCCUCUCGUGUCAGGUGGAAUAGAAGACUGACGAAUUUGUAUUAUACUUUCGGACAAUAGGGUGUUUGUCUGCUUUUUGUACCACCUGGAAUUUCGAAUGUCCGCCGAAUGGCGCGAAUGACUCUGAAGUUUAGUGAUUAGGGCUAGAAAACUGAGCGAAUCAAGUUCCAAUUAGGGACAUCAUAAUUGAUUCACUCAGUUCCCUAAAGCUAAUCACUGAAACUUCACCCCUGCCAAUUUUUAGUACUUCAUGUAUUCCCCCAUUAAAUAUCCUGAGCACCUGGUUACCUGUUUUCUCCCGUAGCCGUAGUAGAUGGCUGUGGUAGCCGUAGUAGUAGCUGUAGUAGCAGUAUGUUGUAGCUUAGUUGCUUGCCUAGGUAUUCAGGACAUUUCAUGGGACAUACAUGAAGCCUUGACCAUAUUUCUCCAGUGAUUGCAAACUAUCAUUAUGUAAGUUAUAUUUAAAUUUUGUGCACUAGCUCAUAUGAUUGUUAUGUUUCUCAAGCCCCGUGCAAACGGGGCAACACGCAACAACAUGCAACAGGGUGUGCAAACGGACAUCCCACAAUGUUGGGAGGUUAGCCAACAAUGUUGUGUUUGUUUGCGCGCGGCUUUAUAUGUCUUACUGUAUCCGUCAUUAUCCUCAAUGAUGUGUUAAAUUCAUUGUGACUAAUCUAUUGUCGUCUCUUUCUAUCUUUUAAUGUGGUCCUCUAGCUUCAAGGGAAAAUCAGAAGGACGUGCCGAAGGAUGAAAAAGAUAAUACGAACCCAGGUGCUGAAAAGCUUUUUGUUGUGUUCCUCCUUGACUUUAUGGUCUUUCAAUAUAAUUUUCAGAAUAGUAUGGACCAACUUAAAGUAUGGUAUGUUCUGCAUCUACUUAAAAAGCCAUUUUUUCUGCAAAUUAAAAAAGUUGUAUACUAUUUUAAAAUUGAUUUAAAAAUUCCGGUUUUCAAGGUUAUGGUCUUAUGAAAACUGUAUGGAACCAGGACACGUGCCAAAAAAGAAAAGAAAAGAAAAACAUUUUUUCAGACUUUUUAGUCAAGCAUCAGUGUUUAAAUCGUUUCGUUAGAACUUAAGUCCUUACUUUGAUUCAGGCCCCAGUUGUUCAAAAGGUGGAUGAUUCACUAUCCACUGGAUAGCGCCUUGGUUUUCCUAAUGUUUAUCCACUGCAUUUACAAUUAUUCCUCGAGCCCGAAUGGGCUUUGAGUCAAUAGCCCAGGAGGUCGAAGGCCGAAUGGGCUAUUGGCUCAGAGGCCAUGAGGGCGAGAGGAAUAAUUGUUUUAGUAAAAUCCAACUAACUGGUCAAAAAUAUCGAGACAAAACAACUUUAGCUAGGAAAACGCGAUUCAGCCGUUAUUGUUUUGGUUUUCUGAAAGCCGGCGCUUUUCGCUACUAGUGGGCUAUAACAUAUAGCCUAGUAGUAGUUCAACCAAUCACAACGCAGCAUUGAUAAUAGACCACUAGUUGGAUUUUACUAAAGUGAUUUAUCGGGUGGAUAGCUAUCCAUCUUUUGAACAACCGGGACCUGAACUAUAAAUAUGUUCUCGAGUCAAAGCAAGGUGUCUUUUGUUCUAAUUGCUCGCUUGCGUGGGAUAGUUGCUUGGAAAAUAUACACCACGCACGAUCAUGCAGAGACUUUUUCUAUUUCCACUGUUAAGGUGGAUUUCCGCUGUCGCAUACGCGCGUGAAUUUUACGCGCGUAAAUGAAAUAGAGGUAAAAUAUGGAAGGUCGCGCGUAAACGGCGUAAAAGUUGAGUAACACGCCUCUAUUAAUAGUUACACGACAGUGGAAAUCCACCAUUACGGUUCACUGAGCAAUCUAAUCCGAUUUUUUUGCAUACAACGCAACAUGCACUAGCAGGAUAAUUAUCCUAAUGUUGCCACGUACCAGUGACGCCUGUCCAACAACCCCUGAAACAGGCUAGUGUCCGUCGACCGAGGUACUCCAAUAUGGAACAGUGGUUUCUUUCUUUUAGAACUUAGUCACUUCCCUAUCAGGUCGCGAAGGAAGAUUGUUUGAAUAGCAAAAACCCAAAACAUUACGAGGUAGCUUUCCGAAUGACCUUUUUUCUAUGUCACGUGUAGCCUCCCCUGCAGACUUUUUUUUUUUUUGCUCGUCACGCAAGGAAGGAACGCCACGGUACAUGGUGACGAAGCCCUAAGAACGUCUGCGUAGGAGGCUGUCACGUGAAGCAAAAGCUCUCAAGUUCAAUUCUGCUCUAUAAUUACAAAAGCAACAUGAACAAUUGUCAAAAGAUAAUAUAAAAAAGCUACUUAAAACGCAGAAGGAUUCAUAAUUUUUAUUUUUGUAAGUUGUUGACUUCAUGAUGCAAACAGGCAAUCCAUUUAAACAAGAGAAUUCCUUGUUUUAACAGCCACAAAACUUCUGGUUGGCACAAAAAUAUUGACAACAAUAUCAAUUGGUAGUUGAAAUCAGCGACUCGAAUAUCUUCGCUAUAGAUAUUCCGAUCCUCAAAGCAAAGCGUGACAAAUGUUUUGAGAUACUGGUACUGUUGAUCUAAUGCACCCUGCUAGCAGAGCCUUUCCCUUUCACUUCACUUGUUCGAUUUGGGCGUGGAAACAAAAAAAGGCUCUGCUCGCAAGUGUGUUGAAGCGAUGAUCGUUUUUGUUUUGUUGUUAACAAAAAAAGAAGAAGAAAAAGAAGCAAGCCAAAGAAUGUUUUUUCUUCUUGUGAUCUUAACAUUUUUAGAAAAUGAGUCAUUUUGAAGUUCUCCCUAAUUUGAAACUGUUUCGUACGUGUUUUAAGAGCGCUACCGUGUAUCACUGGUUGGUGAAUACAACAGACCAAAUAGACCCUUCCACGUGUUUUUUCAAGUUUUGAUGAGGACGAUUUGGUGAAAAUGACCCCUGAAAAGAGCGAAAGAACUUAAGUGAACUUAAUUGCCAAUUUCAAAGUGAUACGUCUAAAUUGAGCGAUGAGGCUGCUCCCUCCCCCAAAUUCGCGAAAAUUUUACAGAUGUUUUUAUGGUGGAGGCAAGUCGGUCGGUCUGAUUUUUAAACGUUUCUUUCAGAACACCACAGAGUCCUUACUUUAAGUGAUUGAAAACUUUUUACAUAACUGUAAGAGGGAUACAUUUAGUUGCUUUUGGAAGAUCUUACAUACAUCAGCCGCCUUUUCUAUUUCCAAUGUUUCUCGCUUCACUGAGUAAUCUAAUAAGAUUUUUAACGUACAAGGCAACAUGCACAAGCAGGAUCAUUGUCAUAAUUCUUCAUAAGAUACUCAGCCUCAUUCAUUAAUUGUCAAAUAAUCUGUUAGUUUUAAAUCAUUGCUAAUCUAUCGCCGUGUCUCUCUAACUUUUUAUACCAAAGUGAACGGUGAAGGUUCUCAAGCUACAAGGAAAAAUGAUCAGGAAACCAAGGCUUUGCAGGAGGAUAAAAUCGAUGAUACCAAUCCAGGUGCUGACAAGCUUUUUGUUUAAGUAUGAUUCUCCUCCAUUUUAUGGAAAUAAAAUCGAAGUAAAGGCCAUUCUUCUUCUUCUUCUUCUUCUUCUUCUUCUUCUUCUUCUUCUUCCUCCUCCUCCUCCUCCUCCUCCUCCUCCUCCUCUUCUUCUUCUUCUUCUUCUUCUUCUCUCCUCCUCCUCCUCCUCCUCCUCCUCCUUCUUCUUCUUCUUCUUCUUCUUCUUCUUCUUCUUCUUCUUCUUCUUCUUCUUCUUCUUCUUCUUCUUCUUCUUCUUCUUCUUCUUCUUCUUCUUCAUCAUCAUCAUCAUCAUCAUCAUCAUCAUCAUUAUUAUUAUUAUUAUUAUAACAUUCCUCGCACAUAUGAGGGGAUGACAAAGUAUACAGUGAAUUUUGACACAGAUCACAAGAUUAUAAUCUAGUUUGACGAGAUAGAUAAGAAGACGUGUUAAAACGCCUUAAUUAAGAGAGCUGCAGAUUAUUUUUGCUUUCAAAGAAGUUCUGAAAGGACAUAUGUCCGGUUAAGUCACCAUUGUUUUCGUACGAAACAAAAAUGUCCAAUGAAUUUACAGCUCUGCUAAACCGUGGAGCCUAAUCCGUGCGGAGUAAUUGAGUAGGAAAAAUUAAUGUUCGAAUACGACCAGGCUGGUCUCAAGUUAGCAGGCAACACAGUGCGAAACAACACUGAACAAGACAAGAACCAUUUCUUGUCACCUCCAGUUAGCCUUUCAAAAUGACGAAGAAUUAAACAUACUGCUUCCCGGUGUCUCUUUUGCUUUGCGGCGAGAUGUAACUGUAAUACUGAAUUACAAUUUCUUGGCCCGCACUGAAGUCAAGACUUGAUGGCAUCAUUUGACUUCAACUACCAGAGUCCUUCAAAAUGCCUCCUAUAAACAGCAUUUACUCCAACAUUGUAGGCAGGUUUUUUUCGAAAGGUUGGUUUAAGCUCUACUGGCCUUGUUUUUGUAUUAUAUUAGUUUUGUAUUAUUUCGUAGUUUGUUCCUGUUGAUGACAGGGACAAGAAGGCGUAAUAAGCAUGACGGCAAAAGAAUAAUAAAUUGCAGUGUCGUCAUGAAAUCAAGAUCCUUAACUUAUCUCUUGAAUAACUGUUAACUAAAGUCAAGCAUGUACUGUUUUUAUUUCUAUUCCAAUUUUGCAGUCAAGGAACACGUAGUGAAAGUUUUAGUUGCUACAGAUGCCGAGGGAUGGGACACGAUGGUAAAUCAUCAGUUGGUAGCCGAACUGGCCAAAAACCCAAGAGUGGUUUUGUAUUGUUAUGUGCCUGACAUGACCCAGAAACAGAGAGAUCAGGCCGAGUCAAAUAUUAAACUGGUUACUGCCCCGAAGGGGAUGGUUGGUUUUACGAAAAAGCAGCUUAUUCAAUGGCCUCCUGACAGUCUUGUUUUUGAUGUCUUCAUCAUCCACUCUUAUGGGCGUGACCUUGGGAUACAAGCCCAAGUUGUAAAGAAAAACAAGAAUUGCAAGUGGGUUCAUGUUGUUCAUACCAUCAGCGAAGAACUUGAGAAGUACAUGAAGGUAGUAUCCAGCACAGACACAGCUGAUCCGGAUUGGUUGCCCGAGCAUGAAUUACAGGUAGCUCUAUGUGAAAAGGCUGACCUUGUCAUUGCCAUUGGCCCUAAAGUAACUGAUGCUUACAAACGUGCUCUUUGUCACUGUGGAAAGCAUGAAGAUGUGAUUACUAUGACACCUGGAAUCAUCCAUGACCUAGUUGGCGUCCGGACAAUGCGUUAUGAUGGAAAAAGGUUUUGUGUCCUGAUCGGUGCAACUUAUCCUUCAAAGUAUUUCAAAGUUAAAGGAUGCGAUAUUGCAGCGAAAGCAAUCACAUUAUUGCAGGAGAAGUCAUACCAUCUCUUUUUCGCUGUCCGGUCAAAUGACAGUGCUGAAAACCUCAAACAUCAACUUAAGGGGUUAAUCAGCUUAAGUCAGUUCACUAUCAAAAGAGUCUCCAAGAGUAUUGAAGAUUGGAAAAAGCUGCUUUGCCAAGUCGAUCUCACCAUCAUGCCUUCUGCAGAGGGUUUUGGAAUAACUGGUGUCCGCGCCAUUUCGGCAGAUGUUCCUGUCCUCAGCAGUGGAAACAAUGGAUUUGGUAUGGCACUAAAGAAGUUGCGUUCAGGAAAAAUGCAUGUAUUGGAUUCAGAAAACCCACAGGACUGGGCCAAAGAGAUCAGUGUAAUCAGAGACAAGGAUCCAGCAAAACAGGAUCUUGAGGCAAAGCAGCUUCGGAAAGAGUACAUGAGAGAAUAUUGCUGGAGAGAUCAAUGUGGGCACGUUGUUGACAAAAUGAUGAUGUUGUUAAGAAAGAAAGGUAUGUAAUUUAGCUUAACCGACUCGCUCAAACUUGUUCAUGCCCGUGUGACACAUAAGGCCUCAGUUCUUGUAAAAUAUCGGCUGACCUUAAACCCAACGAUUAGCAGAUUUUGAAAAAGAAGACCUUCCAUUGGAAGCCACUAACCAAAGAGCCCGUUUGCAAGUUGCAGUACCGGUAAGCCUCUUUAUGAAAGCUGGGCCUGAAAGUGAGUUUAACUCUGUCGUAGUAAACGCCUAUUUUCAUACUUCACGGUAAGUACCAGGACCUACUGAGGCUAAAGGUAUUAGUGAAUGGCCCAUUUCUUUUUUGCACCAACUGCAGGCAGACUUUUGUGGCUUUUAAUACUCUCUUUUGUUGUAAAGUCUGUUGUAGUCUCUGAAAAAUGGGCUUUAGCAAAGAGUCUUUAGACUCGAUGUUUUGGGUGUCCCUCAGCCCGCUUCACAGUAAUUGUUCUCCUGGCCGACAUUUCGAUAGGUCCUUGUUCUUUUACUUUAAGAGUGUUGGUUGUAUUUCCUGCAUUUUGCCAGCUUUGCUCGCUCCUUACUAAUUUGGGCAAUCGUUACGUGUUAACCUGCUUCUAGCCUGCAAACGCAGACGUAUUUUCGGGCAGAGAGAAGCAAAAACCGGAGAUACGUCUGCGUUAGCAGGCUAACCUGCCUUAGUGGAACGAAAGCUAGAGUUAUCUAAGAGGUAGUGGAAGUGGUGCUAAAACGGUUGACCCAGCCCUGACAUGGCUGAUUCAUCACUGCUAACUAGUUUUGUAAGUUACUUUUCAGACAAUUAGUAAAGGCUCGUUUUUUAAACAGAAUAUUAACGUUGUUGCAAUAUGUAUUUUGCUAACCCUGAGAAAAAGGCAUUUGUAUUGCAAAGACAUUUUGGGAGGCAAUGAUUUUCUUGAACAGCGCUGUAAACGUUAGAGUACUCAGUUUGUUUUUUAUAGGCUAUUUAGCUACAUUUAUUUAUCCCACAAAAAAUAACAGUGUGCGUUCCUUGUUUCUUUUUUUAAAGAAGAGUGCGACAAAGUUUCCGUUGAGAAUACAGAGAAGAUUGAAAAUGGAUCUUCUGAGACUAAAGUGCAGCACGGAGAAAUUAAAAGUGCAAGGGAACGAGAACACGAAGACUCUGGUGUCGCGGAAAAGAAUCCAGACAGGAUGGGCCAGGAAAAUGAGGAAAGUACUGAAUCUCGUUAUUCUAGUUUGUCAGUCAAUGUCCAGGACAUCCCUUUUUACCUUCUCAGUAAGGUCUGCUCAAUACUGAAUAAAGAUGUUCAAAGGCUUGGGAUAAUGAUGGGUUUCAGUGGACAUGUGAUGGGUAGUUUGGUACAGAAGAAAAAUCCUUCCAGUGAACUCCUUAACUUGUGGUGUAGUGAAACCCACCAAGCAACUGUGGGGAGUUUCAUUGAAAUAUUAAGGCGCCUGGAUAGGAUGGAUGUAGUGGAGAUUCUUGAAGACUGGGUUAAAAAAUUAUGGCCCAAAAUAAGAUGAAGAACAAAACAAAGUGAAGAACAAAUUUAACGUACAAUCCGAGAGUAACUUUCAUGCAUGCCCUCAAGACCGUGCCCAUUUCUUAAGUUUAUAUAGACAAUUUUAUGGUAAUAAAGAUAUCUCUUUUGUGAUUAAUCAUAUCUUAUCAACGCGGAAUUUAUUGCUUUGGACGUUUUGAGAAGCUUGUUAGAUAGGGGUGCUUUUUUAAAAUUAGAAGAAACC